ACCAAACUUCCUUCAAAAUGACCUUCAGUGGACCUCAGCCCUCCGAAAUCGAUCAGGACCUUGUAGCCCAUGCUUACGCCAACCUCAACAACCUCCCCAAAGGCCGUGAGUACGAAAAAAUGAUUCUGUCUGUUCCUUAUAACUGCUGGGAUCCCAAAUUACAUAUGGCCCGUCACUUGAGCCAUGAAAUGGCAUUGGACUAUGGUAACAUCCGCAUGAAAGAUCACGACUUCGACAUCUCCAAGCACGCUGCCGCCCGCUUGGCGUACCUCAAGAAAAUUUUCGGCAAGAUCGAAGACGAUAUGUUCAUUGAACCUCCAUUCUACGUGGAUUAUGGGUGCAAUGUGACCAUUGGCAAGAGCUUUUAUGGGAAUUUUAACCUCACGUUUUUGGACUGCACGUUGAUCACCAUCGGUGACAACGUGAUGGUGGGCCCCAAUGUAUGCUUUACUACUGCCACCCACCCCACCGACCCCCACCAGAGAUUGGCUGGAGUCGAGUAUGCCAAGCCCAUCACCGUGGGGAACAAUGUGUGGUUUGGUGCCAACAUCGUGGUGUUACCGGGCGUGACGAUUGGUGACGGGGCGGUGAUCGCUGCUGGAUGUGUGGUGAAUCGCGAUGUGCCUGCCAACACGGUGGUAGCCGGUGUGCCUGGGAAAGUCAUCAAAGUGAUGGCACUGGACGAUGCUCGUGAAGCGGCAAUUCGGGACUCCAGCCACGGAAGGCUCUCGUAAGCAACGGGGGAUUCUUGGGUAUAUCCACGACCUAUAUAUUUGUAGUAAUACAAAGUUCCAACCCUGUGCUUACUACUUGCCCGAUAGUUGACUAAUCAUGUGGGGAAGCCUGCAAAAAAAUAGAUCUAACCUGCGUUUGACCCCAGUGUAACCCGCACUUUUGCACGCUUAUAAAUAUUCCCAGCCGCGCACCCCGGCUACUCGGAUAACUCCCAUUUCAAACACAUAUUUGCAGCCAAUAUGCUGCAGAGCUUACAAACGCAGUAAGUUGAUAUGGCUAUAAAACACGUAGAUUAUCCCCUUCAAUUCUAAUUCAUUCCCAACAACAAUUAUAACAUCUAUCACAAUGUCUUCUCAAACUACUUACUUCAUCACCGGUACCAACAGAGGUAUCGGUUUAGCCUAUGUCGAACACUUGACUUCCGACAAAUCCAACUUGGUUAUUGCAACCGUUAGAAGUGAAAAGGCUGCUGGUCCUUUGACCGCCCUUAACAGGGACAACUUGAAGAUCAUCUACCUCGACAUGGCUGACUCUUCCGCUAAGUUUGAGGCUGCUUUCAAACAACUUGAACAUUUGGCUCCAAACGGUAUUGAUGUGUUUAUCCAAAACGCUGGGAUUUCCGGUCCCAAAUUCUUAGUUCCAGCUGAACAAUAUAAUGCUGAAUCUUACGCUGAAGUCCUCACUAUCAAUGUGGGAGGUUCUGCAAAGGCUUAUAAUGCUUUGUAUCCUUACCUUUUCAAGGGUACCGGUACCAAGAAAAUCGUGUUCCUUUCCACCAUUGCAGCCCAAAUCGGUUUUCCUGCUGGGGGGAAUGCUUAUAGUGCCUCCAAGGCUGCUGUUAACCAUUUGGCGGUCCAGAUUGCUAAACAAAAUGCUGGGGCUGAAAAUGAAUUAGUCAGGAACUCAGCAACGGUGAUGUUGCACCCAGGGUUGGUUGAAACUGAUAUGGCAGAGGAGCCAAAGGCUGUUUGGGGUUCUGCUGGCUUUAUUUCUCCCUCAGAAUCGGUUGAGAAAUCAUUGAAGGUUGUGGCUGGUCUUACUGCUGCUGAUACGGGAAAGUUUCUUUCCUAUGAAGGUGAUGAAUUACCUUUCGUUGUUUAGAAAUAUAUGUUUGCUUUGUCAUUUGCACGCUUCGAAUUAUCUGUAAAUUUCAAGAGUUGGUUGAUGAAAUGGACCUCGAUUGAGAGUCCUUCUACUUUUCGUGAAAUUCACAUUUUUAAAUAAAUAGAACAGAUUGCAGACUUUUAUAAAAGCAAUCUCCCGGUCU